AUCAUGAUGCACUUGCUCGCCCUCUUGCUAUCUCUCUUGGAAAAAAAAUAGGGAAGAAAAGGUCUCUUUGUUGAAGCAGGCACUCAUUCAUCCACCAGCUCACACACAGCAAAGAGGAGAUAUAAGCGCCUACAGCGUCUGUCAAGAUUUGUUUUUUUCUUUUAAAUCUUUUUAAACAGACAAUUUAGCGAUCAAACAGAGCUACAGGGUGUCCCACUCACUCUGUUUAAAUCUGCCCCCCCUGUUCAACCUCUGGAACUAUCUGUGACCGCACGGACGUCCUCGCAAUGAACUCCGCCGUCUCACCGCCUCCGCCGCUUCAACUUCUCACCGAGGAGUGGAUGGAUGCGCGGAUGCUGGAGCAACGUCUUCCGAAAUAAAAUUAAAAAAAAGAAAAGAAAAGAGAGAGAAAAAGUUGGGCGGGAGCAGAAAAAUACCCAAGUUGGAGUAGCUCUCUGUGAAGAGAGGACACAUUACGAAUUCAUUCAUUGUGUCGGAUCGCUGAUUCGGAGAGCUUUUAUUCUUGGCUGUGGCGAGAUCGCAGGAGUUCAUCUUCGGGCGCAUCCUUUUGGUUCUUAUUGCAAAUCAGGUGAGUGUGUCUUCGGCAGAAGGAGGAGGAGAAGGAAAAACGUUUAAUUGCUAUUAUUUCUUGUUCAUUAACUCUGAGGUAUCACUGCUUUGAAAUAAUUUUUCCGACAAACCUCCAGAUCAGCGUGACGCGCUACUUUUCAGCCCUGAUUAUCUGUCCUCUCCUCUCAGUCUGGAGAGAAUGAGGUGUCGCUGGGUGAAGCAUGAGCUGUCAGAGAAUCAGUCAUAAGCGGCUGUCUCUGCUAUGGGAGGGGGCAGCUCUCAGCCUCUGGCUCUGCUGGUGCUGUUGCUGGACCUCCAGGGCCGCCACCGCCACUGGAGCCGCAGCCGCCGGACGAGGCGACGGCUCCCCCGGCUCCCUGGGCUGGCUGCUGUCGGAUAAGGGCCCCUUCCAGCAGUCCCUGGAGUACACAGAGGCUGCGGAGAGGUACCAGCAGGGCUUCAGCACCAGAUACAAGAUCUAUAGGGAAUUUGGUCGAUGGAAGGUGAACAGCCUGGCUGUGGAGAAGCUGGAGAAUUUUGGUGGCGGCAGGGGUUUGGCUUUGCCCCUCGACCCUGACUUUGUGCACGCCAUCCGGCAGUUGGGGAGGAGACCAACCCUUCAGAUGAUUACAGAGAGUCUAAUCAAGAAAUACGGCACCCACUUUCUCCUCUCCGCCACUCUGGGAGGGGAGGAGUCUUUGACAAUAUUUGUGGACAAAAGGAAGCUCAGCCAGGAGUCUUCGCCCUCAGGGGGCGAGGGCAGCCGGGGCAGCAACAGGAACUCAAAUACUACAGGGACCGUGACCCUGGAAACUCUCCACCAGCUGGCUGCUUCCUACUUCACAGACAGAGAGAGCACCCUGCGGAGGCUACACCACCUCCAAAUCGCAUCCACUGCCAUACGGGUGACUGAAACAAGAACCGGGCCGCUCGGAUGCAGCAACUAUGACAAUCUGGACACAGUCAGCUCCGUGUUGGUUCACAGUCCUGAAAACAAGAUUCAGCUGCAGGGGCUGCAGGUCAUCCUUCCAGGCUAUUUGCUGAGCCGCUUCAUUCAGGCAGCUCUCAACUACGUUGGCUGCAAAUCUGAGGGCCAGUUUGUUUGCAAGAACAGUGACUGCUGGUGUGACUGCAGCGUGGACUUCCCACAGUGUAACUGUCCUCGCUCUGACCUGGCCACUCUGGAAAACAACCUGCUGCGCAUCAGAGACGCCUGGAGGCUGACCUACAAGGAGUUUGAGGAAUCUGAGGAGUUCCAAAGCUUCGUUGGGAACCUGCCAACCCAUUUCGCUGUAAACACAUCUGUCGUGGAGCACUUGUGGAGGAUGGAUGCCAACCUCCUACAGCGAUACAGGCAGCUGGAGACCAGUAGCAACCAGCUUCUCACCAGAGCGCGCCGCACCGCUAACAAGCUCUUCAGCCUUAGCAAGAGGUGCCGAAAACAACCCAAAAUGAUCCAGCAGAGGCCCAGGCCUCUGCAGUUCUGGCUGAGCUACGCUCUCUCUGUCUUGUACUGCAGCGAGAACAAUCAGGUUGGUGUUUACAGCGAUGAGAGCCGCAGCUGCUCCUGCCCCUACAACCAUCCACCUUGCCAGGGUCUGAUCCCCUGCUCGGUGGGUGACGGUCCCCGCUGUGCCUCAUGUUCCACAGAGAACCGAACUCGAUGUUCCAGCUGUAACCCCGGCUUCACGCUGACCCAGGGAGUAUGCCGGUCAGCCGUGCCUGACCCCACCGACCCCUAUCUGGGUUUGGAGAGCGACAGAGAUCUGCAGGAUUUGGAGCUGCGCUACCUGCUCCAGCGGCGUGACCCGCGCAUCGCCCUGCAUGCUGUGUUUGUGAGCAACGACGUGCGUGUAAACACUUGGUUUGAUCCCUCGUGGAGGAAAAGAAUGCUGCUCACGCUCAAGAGCAACCGGGUCAAGUCCAACCGUGUUCAUAUGCUCCUCGGACUCACGCUACAAUUUUGCCUCACCAGAAACAGCACUUUUGAGCCAGCACUGUCGCUGUUUGUGAAUCCCUUUGGGGGCAGCCAUUCGGAGAGUUGGACCAUGCCGAUAGGUCAGCACGGAUACCCCGACUGGGAGCGGACCAAGCUGGAUAUCCCCUUGGACUGCUAUAAUUGGACGUUGACUCUGGGAAACAGAUGGAAGAGCUUUUUUGAGACAGUUCAUUUCUACCUGAGGAGUAAUAUCAGGGACCCUGUGGGAGUGACAGGAGGAAACAGGAACAUGACACUGUACUAUGAGUCUCUGGAGGAAGUGGAGCUUUCCAAUAACAUCGGCUACAUGAAGGUGAACAGCAUGCAGCUGUUCGGUUACAGCGUGCACUUUGACCCCGAGGCGAUCCAGGACUUGAUUCUGCAGAUAGACUACCCGUACACUCAGGGAUCGCAGGACUCGGCCCUGCUGCAGCUGGUGGAGCUGCGCUACAGGGUCAACCGCCUCUCGCCUCCGGGGGCCCCUCACGUGGAUCUGUUCGCCUGCCUGCUCCGCCACAGACUCAAACUGUCCAGUGCCGAUGUGACCAGGAUACUCACUGCCCUGCAAACUUUCAGUGCCAGACAACCAAACUAUAUGGAGUACGAGGCAAAUAAACUGUGUAGUUAGGCGCCUCCAUUUGAUGUUUUGUACUAUUUCCUUGCCACAAAACAGGCCUGUAUCCAUUGUCAGCUGGAUUGGUUUACAUCAAGUGUGUGGUUUGUUGUCCAAGACUGUGCUGUACAUACACAAUGUGCAAUUAAAAUAAGUGUUUUUACCAAGAUUUUGGUGUAGUUUUAUGGAUUUAAAGCACCUGAAAAUUGCUUAAGAAAGGAGAAAAUCAACAAUACAGUCUUAAUUAUUUAGCACUGAUAGUUUGACAGUCAAAUACUGUGCUAUCAAAACAUUUACAUUUGAGUCUCCUUUUGCACAAAAUCAGAAAUGUCCUCACAGUCUUCCUAGCUUGUUUUAUAGUUUUCAGCUCAAUCCCACUGGAGAGUGUGCGCUGUGUUGUUUUUGCCCAUCUGGAGCCUCAGAACACAAGGUCUCCAUUCAGGGAACAGCGUUAGCGCAGAUUACUAAGUAUAUAGUGAAAGAAGGGGGAGGCUGGCAGUAGCCUUCCUCUGUUUCUCUGCUGUCCCCAUAUGCCAUUCACAGUUACUGUGAUAGAUGAGCCAGGGUGCCGCAGAGACAUGCCCAGCAUCAAACAACAGUAAGCAAAGUGUCAGUGACAAGGAUAGUACUCUCACCCUGCGCCAGAGCAAGUUGGACCCUCACAAGUGUGACUCUGGCCAAAAGGGAAAUCAGCUUUAAUCCCCCCGAGGGCUGUCGAGAGUGGAGCCGCAGGCUAGCAGCAUGGAGCAGCUUUGAUUAGACGAGCUUCUAAAGAGCUUGUAGCAAAGACGCAGCUUCAUCAGGAUUCACCAGACACGUUGCUCCCAAGAUUAAAGCCAGACACAAUUUGCUCCGAUGCUGUCAUUCAGAAUGAAUGUGAACGAGGUACCUGAUGCAGUUUUGAUUGUGAGAUGAGGUGCUGAGCAUACUACAGCUAUCACCGCCCUACUGUCAUUCACAUUAUGAUGUAUCAUGCUGCAAUUUUGUGGGAAAUAAGCUUGUGUUUUUUUGUUUGUUUUUUUUGGUUGGUGGUUUUUCUUUUUCACUUUAUGUGGCAAAGCUUAAAAAUGUGCUCAAGGCGCUGGUUUCAUUAUUAGCUGUUGUUUUUUUGUUGUUGUUGUUUUUUGCAUCCUCCAUAGGGUUUCUUUGAGCUUAAACAUUGAUUUUGCAAUGUUAUUGGUCAAUUUUUAGACACAGCUUUAUUGUCUCCAGGCUGCCAUUCUGUUACUGAGCGAUCAGGCAUCACAGGCUCUGGUAUUGGCUACUUUGUGUUCAUAUUCAGCCUUUGAAAACGACCCUUUUACAACUCAGCCUUUUUCUUUGGGCUCUUGUUUUAGAGUUUAAAAGCUGUUUAUGGUCUGGAGUUUGUUGUAGCAGUAAUUUAAUAUGCCAAAGAUGCACUGUGUGUUUUACCUGCCUGCAGGGAAAAGUGUGUGUGUGUGUGU